CGCCGUCAUGGAGCCAGCCAAUCACAGAGCGUCGAGCAGGGUCUUCAGCGAGGUGGCGGUGGGCGUGGCCGUUUGUGUGCACAAAGACCUGCGCGCAGCGGGAUGGGCGGAGGAGCGAGCUUUCGGGGCGCAGUGCUGGAGGUGGGCCAGGCCCAGCAUGAUGGGGGUGCUCCACAAGGCCCUGCUGGAGCAGACCGGCUCACCUGGGGCCCUGCAGGCCGCCCUGAGAGGGAACAGCGCCGCGGUCACCUCCGCCAUCGCCACCGCCAUCGCCAAGUCCCUUCUCACGGCUGCUGAUACAGCCCUGAACGCUGGCACUGCCACGCCCGAGGAAGAGGGGCAGACUCCUGCAGCAUCAGAUCCUGUGGACACUACAAUGCAAACUGAGACACCAGUAACAUCUCUGGUGAAGACAGAUGCACACAAGACUCCACUGGAGGAAAUGGACUCCCAAAAAUCAUCCCUGGAGGACUCACAAAAAACAUCCCUGGAGGAAAAGACAUCUCGGGAGGAAGUGGACUCCCAAAAGACAUCUCGGGAGGAAGUGGACUCCCAAAAAAUAUCCUGUGAGGAAAUGGACUCCCAGAAGAUAUCCUGUGAGGAAAUUGACUCCCAAAAAACUCCACUGGAGGAAAAGACAUCUCGGGAGGAAGUGGACUCCCAAAAGACAUCUCGGGAGGAAGUGGACUCCCAAAAAAUAUCCUGUGAGGAAAUGGACUCCCAGAAGAUAUCCUGUGAGGAAACUGACUCCCAAAAGACUCCACUGGAGGAAAAGACAUCCCCGGAGGAAAUGGACUACCAACAGAUGUCCAGGGAGGAAAUGGACUCCCAAAAGACAUCCUGGGAGGAAAUUGACUCCCAAAAGACUCCACUGGAGGAAAAGACAUCCCUGGAGGAAAUGGACUACCAACAGACGUCCAAGGUGGAAAUGGACUCCCAAAAGACAUCCUGGGAGGAAAUUGACUCCCAAAACACUCCACUGGAGGAAAAGACAUCACAGGAGGAAAAGACAUCUCGGGAGGAAGUGGACUCCCAAAGACAUCUCGGGAGGUAGUGGACUCCCAAAAGACAUCUCGGGAGGUAGUGGAAUCCCAAAAGACAUCCUGUGAGGAAAUGGACUCACAAAAAACAUUCCUGGAGGAAAUGGACUACCAAAAGACAUCCUGGGAGGAAAUGGACUCCCAAAAGACUCCACUGGAGGAAAAGACAUCCUGGGAGGAAAUGGACACCCAACAGAUGUCCUGGGAGGAAAUUCACUCCCUAAAGUCAUCACCGGAGGACUCGCAAAAAACAUCCCUGGAGGAAAAUACAUCCCAGGCGGAAAUGGACUCCCAAAAGACAUCCUGGGAGGAAAUUGACUCCCAAAAGACUUCCCGGGAGGAAAUGGACUCCCAAAAGACAUUAUCCCUGGCUGAAAGUGAGGCGGCUAUGACAUCACCUCUGCAAACUGAGGUUGAAAUUGCAGCGCUGGAGGAGAUCACUAUGACUGAAGAACCUCUGGCAGAGGAGAGAAAAAAGCGGGAUGGAUUUGACAUGCAGAUCCCAGUUCCCCUGGAAACAGCAGCGGGGGAUAAACUCCUGGGCCUUCCACACAGAUUGCAACAGACACCUGUGGAAUACUGGAUGGAUACUGGAAGGAUACUGUGAAAUGGAAGCCAGGACUCACACUUGGUCCUGAGAGGCUUCACAGAGGCCAGCAAUGAAAUUAUGACAUCACGACUGGCAGAAGAUGAAACAGUAUCAGUAGAUAUGAGCAAAUCCAGAGUGGCAGACGUAACUUAACAGGAUGAGAGGUACCUGGCAUUCUGAAACAUCUGUCACCAAAGCGCCGCUUCAAACCCUGGCUAUUCACAGACCGCUAUCCCAAGAUUCAUGCAGCUGAGGAUGAGGAUGCACAGGACAAUCAUAAAAAUGUGAAUUCUACAUUUUUUCCCAUCACAAUGUUCCUUUUCCCUAUAAUGUACACAUCCUACAGUUUUCUACACAGUGAAAAGUGAAUUCUUAUUUUCUGAUGAAGUUUAUUUGUCUUUUCACACAGCUCCUCAAACUCUUCCUCUUGUUGGCCAAUAUAUGAAG